AUGUUCGAAGCCGCGCACAGCACGCACCCGCCGCCCUCGCGCCCAGCAGCCGACACGCCGGCAGCAUGCGGUAGCACAGUCCCAUGGCCCAUCAACCCCCCCGUCGAGGCAGCCUGGGUCGCCUGGCACAAGGCGCACACCGCACACCUCAAGGCCAGGGCGCGCAAGGAGGCGGUGUACGCCGAGAUUGAGGCGCUCGCCGCCGCCGCAGCGCGCCGCAAGACCGACGGCGUGCCGGGGUACCUGGUCGUGCUGUACGACGUUGCGUGUCUCGAGCUGGACGACGCGCGCGUGCAGCAGGCGGCGCGCUUUGGCGCGUGGCUGCGCUCUCGAGGAGAGCGGACGGUGCCGUCUGCUGGCGUUGAGCUUGGCGAGCUCGAGCUGUUCCCCGGCGUGCUGGGCUGUGGCGAUGUGUAG